AUGUCUUUCCUCUUCGGUAGAGCCCGAUCGCGUGCCACCGCCGACUUGCCCAGGCAGGCUCGAGACCAUGUGUCACGGUUGGAUGGUCCCAAUGGAGCCGCAAAGGCUGAGGAGCUGGCCCGCGUGCUGGCACAAAUGAAGCUGGUACUGCAAGGGACACACGAAACCGAUAGCUCUCCGGAGCAGAUCUACCAACUCGUCACCGGCCUCAUCGACGAGGACCUCCUGCACCUCCUCGCUGUCAACCUAUACCGCCUGCCGUUCGAGUCACGCAAGGAUACCCAGGUUAUUUUCUCGUAUGUCUUUCGCUUUCGCCCCGCCGCGGCAGCCCCCAAGAGCGACCCCAUCGCCCUUUCAUACGUCGUCUGCAACAGGCCGCAGGUUCUCGUGGAGCUGUGCCGCGCAUACGACCACAAGGAGAGCGCCACGCCCGCCGGCUCAGUCCUCCGCGAGCUUCUCAAAAACGAGGCUGCCGCCGCUGUCAUCCUCUACGAUGAUGGCGACGAGCCGGGAUCAAGUGCAAAGGGGCUCAACGCAAUUGAUCGUGAUCGGCCACAGAGCGGGCGUGGCGUCUUCUGGAAGUUCUUUGAGUGGAUCGACAAGAGCUCAUUUGAGGUUGCGGCCGAUGCGUUCACCACGUUCCGAGAGCUCCUGACGCGGCACAAGGAUCUGGUUCCACGCUACUUGUCCGUCAACUUCGACCUCUUCUUCGACAAAUACAACAAGAUUUUGGUCCAGUCCAAUAGCUACGUCACCAAGAGGCAAUCUAUCAAACUGCUCGGCGAGAUCCUGCUAGACCGGUCCAACUACAGCGUUAUGACGGCGUACGUUGACCAGGGCGACCACCUCAAGAUAUGUAUGAACUUGCUGCGCGACGACAGGAAAAUGGUCCAGUACGAAGGCUUCCACGUAUUCAAAGUGUUCGUCGCCAACCCUCACAAGUCGGUUGCUGUGCAGAAGAUCCUCCUCAUGAAUCGCGAGAAGCUCCUGACCUUCUUGUCGCACUUCCUCGAAGACCGGACCGACGAUGAGCAGUUCAUUGAUGAGCGGGACUUUUUGAUCAAGCAGAUCAGGAACAUGCCGCCCAGCCCCAUACCGCCGCAGCGAUAA